AUGGGCUUCGUCUUUCUCUCGAUCCAGAACUCCACAAUCAAUACUCCACUACAUCUCGAUUCAAUCGAGUUACCUCCGACGCUAACUGACCUGGAUCUCACGGUGAACCGUUUAUCGGAACUGGACUCGAGGAUCGCUCACCUCUCUAUGCUCAAGAAGCUUUCUCUUCGCCAAAACCUAAUCGAACACUCCGCCGUCGAGCCUCUCUCUCGCUGGGACGCCUUGUCCGAUCUCGAGGAGCUGAUUCUCAGAGAUAACAAGCUAGCGGAAGUACCAGAUAUAAGCAUAUUCUCAAGGCUUUUGGUCUUUGACAUAUCUUUCAAUGAAAUCACUUCGUUGGAAGGAUUAUCAAAGGCCUCUAGCACGUUGAAGGAGCUCUAUGUGUCUAAGAAUGAAGUUAACAAGAUUAUGGAGAUUGAACACUUGCACGACUUGCAGAUUCUUGAGCUAGGGUCCAAUAGAUUGUGGGUGAUGGUGAAUAUGGAGAGCUUGACAAAGUUAGAAGAGCUGUGGCUGGGAAGAAACCGUAUCAAAGUUGUGAACUUGUGUGGGCUCAGAUGUAUUAAAAAGAUUAGCUUGCAGAGCAAUCAAUUGACCUCUAUGAAAGGAUUUGAGGACUGUGUUGCUCUUGAAGAGUUGUAUCUGAGCCAUAAUGGUAUCUCAAAAAUGGAAGGCUUGAGUGCGUUGGUUAACCUACGGGUAUUAGACGUGUCGAACAACAAGCUCACAUCAGUUGAUGACAUCCAGAGCCUCACAAAGUAUUUCACUUUUCCUUUUCUUCAGGACUGA